GGUGAAAGAUAUCGUAGUUUUUUUAAGUUCAGAGAAAAGUUGGCAUGGAUCUACAAAAAGAACUUACCAUAUUUUUCGCCAUUUACCUCAAGUCGUUAAACUGUUUAAAUAGAGGGGGGUUAAGUGGGUUAAGUUCGUAAAUCCGCGGUCAUGAUGGCGUGCGACUCUGCAUAAAUGCCCUGCAAAAGUUUUUCUUUUUUAACAACAUACGCGCCGCUCAAAAUAACCAAGACGUUGGAACAUGUGUAAAUAAACGUCCAUUCCAAAGUUAUUUGCAGUGAUUUCGUUUGUGUGCACCAAAAAGAAGCGGCUGAAAAUUGGCAAAGAAUUGUACCGCCGCUGCCCGUUGUGAAGAAAAAUCAGCGCCUGCCGAUUUCCGUCCUGUCCGGCUUCAGUGGGUGAGGAUGACGGACAUUGUUUAUCCGAACGGCUGUCGGCCAUUGGUGGAAGACCUGGGCACAGACGAGCUCAUACGCCGCCUUAAGACACUCGCCAAUGUCCUGCAGACCAUGGACCAGGAUGACAAUCUCUAUCAACAAUAUAUACCAUUGGCACUCCACUUGCUGGACGACUUCUUUAUGCAGCAUACAUCCCGCGAUGUCCAACUGCUGAUAGCGUGCUGCAUAGCGGAUGUAUUGCGCGUAUAUGCGCCUGAGGCCCCCUACAAAGAGCAAGAUCAAAUCAAAAGCAUUUUCAAGUUUUUUAUCAAACAAUUGCACGGUCUAAAGGAUCCCCGCGAUCCGUCCUUCAAGCGUUACUUUUAUCUAUUGGAGAACUUAGCCUUUGUCAAGUCUUUCAACAUGUGCUUCGAGCUCGAGGACUGCCAGGAAAUCUUCCACGACCUGUUUAGUACCAUUUUUAAAAUUGUGAACGAUCAGCACAGUGCCAAGAUCACAAACUUUUUCCUGGACGUGCUAAGUGCCCUGAUAACCGAGGCUGACAAUUUGUCCGUGGAUCUUCUGGACCUCUUACUGAUUAACAUAGUGGAACCAAAUAAAUCAAGCAACAGAUGUGCUGCACAUAUAACCGAGCAACUGCUCGCCAAGACCGGUGACGCAUUGGAGUCCCCAAUCAAAAUGCUCUAUUUCUUCAUGCCCUCCUAGUUCUUUAACCGUGCA